GAGGCGGGGGGAGGGCGGGGCCGGGCGCUCCAGGGCGAGAGGACACGGGCAAGAUGGCGGCGGCCCUGCGGCAGCUGGCGCUGGGCGCGCGCCUGGCCCCGCGCGCCGCCCGCACCCGCACCGGCACCGGCACCGGCACCGGCACCGGCACCGGCACCCCGCAACAGCCGCUCCCGCCGCUCCCGCCGCGCCGGGGCCUGCGCCUCUCCGCGCCCGCCGCCAUACAGGUGACGGUGCGGGACGCGCUGAACCAGGCGCUGGAUGAGGAGCUGGAGCGGGACGAGCGCGUGUUCCUGCUGGGCGAGGAGGUGGCGCAGUACGACGGCGCCUACAAGAUCUCCAGGGGCCUCUGGAAGAAGUACGGGGACAAGAGGGUGAUCGACACCCCGAUAUCCGAGAUGGGCUUUGCAGGAAUCGCGGUCGGUGCUGCUAUGGCAGGGCUGAGGCCGGUGUGCGAGUUCAUGACGUUCAACUUCAGCAUGCAAGCGAUCGAUCAGGUGAUCAACUCGGCGGCCAAGACGUGCUACAUGUCCGCCGGCUCCAUCGCCGUGCCCAUCGUGUUCCGCGGCCCCAACGGCGCCGCGGCGGGCGUGGCCGCGCAGCACUCGCAGUGCUUCGCCGCCUGGUACGGGCACUGCCCCGGCCUCAAGGUCGUCAGCCCCUGGAGCUCGGAGGAUGCCAAGGGGCUGCUGAAAGCAUCCAUCCGGGAUGACAACCCAGUUGUGAUGCUGGAAAGUGAACUGCUCUAUAGUGUUCCCUUUGAAAUGUCUGAACAGGCACAGUCAAAGGAAUUUGUUAUUCCCAUUGGGAAAGCUAAAAUAGAAAAGCCAGGAACUCAUGUUACAUUAGUGGCACACUCAAGACCUGUUGGCCAUUGUUUGGAGGCAGCUGCUGUACUUUCUAAAGAAGGUGUGGAGUGUGAGGUGAUAAACCUGCGAACCAUUCGGCCGAUGGACAUCGAAACGGUGGAAGCCAGCGUGGUCAAGACAAACCACCUGGUAACUGUGGAAGGAGGCUGGCCCCAGUUUGGAGUGGGAGCUGAAAUCUGUGCCAGGAUCAUGGAAGGACCUGCCUUUAACUACCUGGAUGCUCCAGCUGUGCGUGUCACCGGUGCGGAUGUCCCCAUGCCUUACGCAAAAAUCUUAGAGGAUAACAGCUUACCUCAAGUGAAGGAUAUAGUAUUUGCAGUGAAAAAAGCUUUGAAUAUAUAAAUUGUAAAUAGAUGUUUUAAAAUCCUGCUCUACAAGGCAUUCUUUUGGUGUUGGGCACGUUGUAUGCAUAAUUUCUGUUAUAUAAGCUCCAUGAUGUUUUGUACAGUGGGGAAAGUAUAGUGACCUCCCAAAAUAUUUAUAUGGGGUUACCCCCCAAGCCACACUUCCUGUAUGCAACAAUGUGGUAAUGCUUGUUUGUUCAACAGUACAGCCAGAUUAGUGCUACUGUUUGUGGAAAAACCCUUUUCUAAAUUCAGAGAGAGGGAAAAAUCCUCUGUUUUUGCUUGGCUUGUAAGUUCCAGAGGAGCUGUGUUGAAGCUGCUGCAGCAGUGAUUGAGUACAGAGCUGCAGAGAGCAAGAGCAGGCCUUGAAUGCUGUACAGCUGCAGGAGCCUGUGGUUGCCAGGCUCGUUAAAGAGGAAUGAUCAGGCUGAUCACUGAAGCCCAGCCUGUCUCUGCAGCUCUGAGCAGAGGCUGUGGCAGCCCAGGGCUGGGUUAAGAGAUGCUGGCUGUGUCUGGUUUGAAGAGCAUUCUGCACGUGCAGAAAGGCUUCUGUACAAGAGCUGAAAUAAAGAUCCUGAACCUUUCCACUGUGUGAUGGGAAACAAUACCUAAUUUUUCUUUACUAGCUGCUAUGUAACAGUGAUUUUAAAAAAAAUGCCCAGAUGCUUUGCUUUUACUAGUCAAGUUUUUUGUGGUUUCUUUUUUUUUUUUUAACUCCCUACCUGGCUGACAACAGCACACUCAUACUAUAGUUCUUGCAGUGCAAAAUGAGUUGGUUUAUUCAGCUGCACUGAGCCUAAGUAGGAGGUGUGUGGACUGUGUAUGAAGAGCUGGGACACACUGAGAGCAGCCUUGGAGAUCACUGCACGCCAGGGAGCUCUGCCAGGCUCCCCUCAGAGCUGGUGGUACAGAGGGAAAGCUGCCUGGAGGAGCCUGUGCAGCAGGGUCUGCUCUGCCCUCAGGUAAAAGGGGGGAGAGGAUCUUCUGCAAGCAGACAGAAGAGCUGGGGUCCUGUUUCUGAGAGCCAGGAGUACUGCCCAGGGUAUUUCCUGUAGCAGAGGUGCUGUUCAGUUCUUGGGAGGUCUGGCUUGGAGGUUGAAUCCCACCAGAACAUACCCACCACAUGCUGCUGAAGGAAUUCCAUUAACAUUUUAAUAAAAAUGACUGAAUAUCACAGGUUACAUGAAACUUUGUACAGACAUUCUCUGCAUAGUAACAAACACUGAUGUACUUGAAUUUAAAAAAAUGGAUUAUCUAUAAUCCUUUAAAGUGCAAUUUGUUUAAGGUUUUAAAUCAAAAAGGAUCUUUCAAUAAAGUUUAAAUGAUAGAAUUAA